AACGUCGGUGCUCUCUCCACCAUACAACCACUCUGCUUCUUCCUCCCGAAACCUCCUAGUAUACUGUGUCUCCUCCACCGCUCUUGCUUGGCAGUGGCAAAGGAGAUCCUCCCACCGAUGGAGGGGGUGAUGGCGGCGAGCGCCGUGACAGGAGCGAUGAAAACGCUCCUCCCCAAGCUCGUCACCUUGCUGGAGACCAAGUACAAGCUGUGCAGACGUGUGAAGAAGCAGAUCUCCUCCCUGAGAGAUGAGAUGAGAAGCAUGAACGCUCUGCUCGUGAAGAUGGCCGGGGCGGAGAAGCUCGAUGUUCAGCAGAAGGACUGGCGUGACAAGGUGCGUGAGCUAUCAUAUGACAUGGAAGACUGCAUCGACAUCUUCACAAGUGAGCUCGACGGCGGUGAUGCUAAGGCUGGGCGUCUGCGCAGGCUUAGGAAGCUCAAGGCGCGCUUCAAGAUUGCCGUCCGGAUUGAAGAACUCAAGGCUCGGGUGCGGGAAGUAAGCGAUUGCCGCGUUCGGCUUGAGUUUCAUGACCACAGUGGUCGGCCUCAGGACCAUGUGGCCAUUGACCCUCGUGUUACGGCACUCUAUCCCGGACCCAACAGCCUUGUAGGCAUAGAUGGCCCAAAGGAGAUGCUCAUCGAAUUGUUGCAGAAGGAAGAGGAUGCGCAGCAACUUAAAGUGGUAUCUGUUGUUGGAUUUGGAGGCAUGGGCAAGACAACUCUCGUCAAGCAAGUUUAUGAUAGUAUCAAAAGUCAAUUUCACUGCACGGCUUUUAUAUCGAUGUCUCAAAAUCCCAAUAUUAUCGAGAUUUUGCGGAAGAUGGUCAAAGAGUUACUGCACUCUGGGGCUCCAGGAGCUGAUGAGGCAGAACUCAUCGAUAUCCUCCGGACAAAUAUGGAAAACCGAAGUUACCUUAUCGUGAUUGAUGAUUUGUGGACAACGCAAGCAUGGGACAUUAUUAAAUCUUUGUUUGUGGAGAAUAAUCUCAGCAGUAGAGUCAUAACAACUACACGUAUUGAAGGUGUAGCUCAGGCAUGUUCUUCUUCUUUUUGUGGCCAAAUUUACAAGAUCAAACCUCUUGAUGAUCUCUACUCAAGGAGAUUAUUUCAUAGAAGAAUUUUUGGCUCUGAAGAUGCUUGUCCUGAGCAACUAAAGAAUACUUCUGAUGAAAUCUUAAAGAAAUGUGGAGGGUGGCCAUUAGCCAUAAAUAGUGUAGCCAGCAUCUUGGCUACUCAUGAAGAGGUAGACUCAAUGGAAAUCUGGCAGAAGAUGAAAAAUUAUCUAGGUUUGAAAUUGGAAGGAGGCCCUGGUUUAGAACUGAUGAGACAUGUGCUCAAUCUUGGGUUCAAUGACUUGUUUCUGGACCUUAAGACAUGUCUGCUAUAUCUUGGUAUUUUCCCAGAAAAUUCUAAAAUUAUGAAGGAUGAUUUGCUGAAGAGAUGGACAGCGGAGGGUUUCGUUACUGGAAAGAAUGGUUGUGACCCAUAUGUGAUUGCAGAAAGUUUCUUUGGUGAGCUGAUUAAUAAAAACAUGAUCCAAAUAGCUGAGUUUGAUGACUGCGGACAUGUCCUUUCUUGUCAAGUGCAUGACAUAAUGCUUGAGUACAUUAUAUUGAAGUUAAGAGAAGAAAACUUUAUCACUAUAAUGAAUGAUCUGCAUAGCACAAAAGGCUACUGGCCAGUUCGUCGGCUACUCCUCCAAGUCAAAAAUCCAGAAUGCAAGCACGGGCUGGAAACAGUGGCUCUGACCCAAGCUAGGUCACUGAACUUUUGGGGUCCUGCUGAAUGUAUUCCUCCCCUUUCCAAUUUCCAACUUCUGCGAGUUCUGCAUCUCGAUGUUUCUGAAUUCAUGGCUAAGCAUUUCGAUCUGUCGUCCAUUGGCAACUUCUUUCAACUUAAAUAUUUGAGGAUCGUAGGCAUUUGGUAUAAGAAACUGCUGAAAGAACUGCGAAGAUUACAGAAUUUGCAGACACUUCAAAUUGUUCCUGAAGCAUAUGAUGACUACAGCCUAGAUAUCUGUGAGUUGCCCUUGACGCUGUUGCAUCUGGUUGUUCCUAAACAUACAAAGCUGCUCGGUGAUAUAGGCAAAUUGAGAUUUGUUCGCUCUUUAGCUACUUUGAAACUAGAUCUUGAGAACAUUAACAGUCUGGGUGAGCUGACCAAUCUUAUGGAGCUGGAGCUAUGUCUUCCAUUUCCAUAUCACAAUGACACGGCCCAAAUGGACACAUAUUAUAGUUCUUUACUGUCCUCCCUGUGCAAGCUCGGCAUCUGCAAGCUUGAAUCUCUAAUCAUCGGUGACUUCAUACCCCGUGUUGAUGUCGUAACUAAUUGGUCCCAACCGCCGCGUCAUCUCCGAAGACUCCACCUGCCUUAGUGCCCUUUCUCUGAAGUCCCAGAUUGGCUUGCGCAGCUGUACCAGCUUGCCAGCUUAGAGCUAGAAGUUAUGUCGCUCUCAAGAGAUGGUGCCGAGGUUCUUGCCAGGCUGCCGGUCCUGGUGCACCUGAAGCUCAUAGUAGUAGAUCAUGUCCCAGAAGAAGGUAUCAUUAUCCGCCGCUCAGAGUUUCCAAAUCUCAAGACGUUUACUUUCAGCCAUAGGGUGUUGUGCCUCACUUUCGAGGCAGGGGGCAUGCCUAGGCUUCAGAGCCUCUAUAUACAGUGUGACCGUAAAACAUUGGAGCAGCAAAAUGAUGAUCUACUUGUCGGCAUCGAGCACCUGGGAAGCCUCAUGGUAUUCAAGGUGACAUUUCGAUCUAGGGUUCGCCGCACUUCUUUUAAACCUAAACCAGUGAAUGAAAGAUUCGAAGCACUCAGGGCUGCGAUCAUGAAAGCUAUCAAGAAGCAUCCUGGAAGUCUGGAUAUUUGCAUUAUUAUUUAA